AUGGCCAACCACGAUGUCCCCGAUUCGACAGACUGGCUGUCAACGCCGCUCGCAGGUAUCGCCGCUGUUGAAAACGCCCUUCGCUGUCAGGUGUGCAAGGACUUUUUCAAGACGCCCAUGAUCACGUCUUGCUCCCACACUUUCUGUUCGCUAUGCAUUCGGAGAGCCUUGUCCAACGACAGCAAGUGUCCGCUCUGUCGCGCAUCAGAGCAGGAGCUAAAGCUGCGGAGCAACUGGUCAAUGGAGGAGGCCGUAGAGGCCUUUGUGAAGACCAGAACAGCGGCUUUGGAGCUGGCGCGGAAUGGGGGAGCGGCGAAUGCUGGACCUAAGCGAAAGGCCGAGAACGAGCACCACGAGUCGGACGAUGCGCCCGAGGGCAAGCGGCUACGGACAUCAACUCGACCAAGAAGAUCUCGAACCCAUACACCUUCUUACACAGUACCGACAGAGGAGGACGAGGUUGUGGAAGUGUCAGAUGAUGACGACUACGAACCCAAGCCUGAGGACGGUCUUGUAGCUUGCCCUGUCUGUCAAAGUCGGAUGAAGGAGUGGCAAGUAUUCAAGCAUCUCGAAACUUGCACAGGCCCGAAACCCCCACAAAGAAAAGCCGGAAGCAGCUCAACCUCAUUUGGCAACCAACAACGCCAAACGAAGGCCCCCGAACGACUACCGACGAUGAGUUACUCGAUGUACAAAGACCAAGCACUGCGCAAGAAGCUAGGAGAUCUCGGCAUCUCAAACCAGGGUCCUCGCAUGCUACUCGAGCGCCGGCACAAGGAAUGGGUGACACUGUGGAACGCCAACUGCGACGCAGCAAAGCCAAAGAAGCGCAGCGAAUUGCUGCACGAUCUGGAUAUUUGGGAGCGAACGCAGGGGGGAAGAGCGCCAACAACUGGUCGGGCGGCGCAGAAUGCCGCCAUCAUCAAGGACAAGGACUUCGACGGCGCGGCUUGGGCGGCGAAGCAUGAUGACUCGUUCAAGGAUUUGAUUGCGAGCGCAAGGAAGAGCAGGCUUGAGGCGAAAAAGAAGGCCGAAGAGGCUGCGAAGGAGUCGAAUUCUGAGCCUCCUUCCACAAGCCAGGAGAAGCCGUCGAGUUCGGAACAAACACCCUCACAGGCGCCGUCAUACGAGCAACCUGCGGUUUCAUCAAGCGCGGACCCAAUAGAGGAUCCAAGCAGGGCGCCAACUAUCACUCAGCAAGAGUACUCAAACCAGGUCAAUUCGACUGCCACCUACCUCCCGGCUCCAACGACAAUGGCGGCGGUGACACAGGCGCCUUCAGGGGUUCCGGACCCAUACUACGCCCAGAGCCCGUACCCUUACCACACCAACAUUCACCCGCAUAUCCCCUAUUCUGCAUCCCAACCUUGCCAUACUACCCCCUCAUACCACCCAAACGCGGACAUGGGGAAUCAACCCUUAUACUACACUCCAGAUGGGCCCGCCCAACCUUACACAUGGCCCCAACACCCAAGCAGCCAGCCUUGA